UUUGUUACUCUUUACAGCCAUUAUACCUGCCCAUGAGACUGAGACCAUUAUAAUGUCCCUAUGUGGCUCUUCUCACAAGGAGUUUUCUCAGAUGUUACCUAUUCAAGACAUGGAUAUCAAAAACUCACCGUCUAGCCUUAACUCCCCUGCCUCCUACAAUUGCAGUCAAUCCAUCCUUCCCCUGGAGCAUGGCCCCAUAUACAUACCUUCCUCCUAUGUAGAGAGCCGCCAUGAAUACUCGGCCAUGACAUUCUACAGCCCGGCUGUGAUGAAUUACAGUAUUCCCAGCAGUGUCAGUAACUCGGAGGGUGGACCUGGUCGACAGACCACAAGCCCAAACAUGUUGUGGCCAACUCCUGGACACCUCUCUCCUUUAGCCAUCCAUUGCCAGUCUUCAGUUCUGUAUGCAGAACCUCAAAAGAGUCCUUGGUGUGAAGCAAGAUCACUAGAACACACCUUACCUGUAAACAGAGAGACAUUGAAAAGGAAGGUUAGUGGGAGCAGUUGUGCCAGCCCUGUUACUAGUCCAAGUUCAAAGAGGGACGCCCACGUCUGUGCUGUCUGCAGUGACUACGCAUCAGGAUAUCACUAUGGAGUCUGGUCAUGUGAAGGAUGUAAGGCCUUUUUUAAAAGAAGCAUUCAAGGACAUAAUGAUUAUAUUUGUCCAGCUACAAAUCAGUGUACAAUAGAUAAGAACCGGCGCAAAAGCUGCCAAGCCUGCCGACUUCGGAAGUGCUAUGAAGUUGGGAUGGUGAAGUGUGGCUCCCGGAGGGAACGGUGUGGGUACCGCAUAGUACGGAGGCAGAGAAGUCCCGAUGAGCAGCUGCACUGUCUGAACAAAGCCAAGAGAAACGGACAUGUGAGCCGAGUGAAGGAGCUACUGUGGAGCGCCCUGAGCCCGGAACAACUGGUGCUCACACUCCUGGAGGCGGAGCCGCCCAAGGUGCUGGUGAGCCGCCCCAGCGCGCCCUUCACCGAGGCCUCCAUGAUGAUGUCCCUGACCAAGCUGGCCGACAAGGAACUGGUGCACAUGAUCGGCUGGGCCAAGAAAAUUCCGGGCUUUGUGGAGCUCAGCCUGUACGACCAAGUGCGGCUCUUGGAGAACUGCUGGAUGGAGGUGCUAAUGGUGGGGCUGAUGUGGCGCUCCCUCGACCACCCUGGCAAGCUCAUCUUUGCUCCAGACCUUGUUCUGGACAGGGAUGAAGGGAAAUGUGUGGAAGGAAUUCUGGAAAUCUUUGACAUGCUCCUGGCAACGACUUCAAGGUUUCGUGAGUUAAAACUCCAACACAACGAGUAUCUCUGUGUCAAGGCCAUGAUCCUCCUGAACUCCAGUAUGUACCCUUUUGCUGCAGCAGCUCAGGAGGCCGAGAGCAGCCGGAAGCUGACUCACUUGCUGAAUGCUGUGACCGACGCUCUGGUCUGGGUGAUCGCCAAGAGCGGCAUCCCUUCCCAGCAGCAGUCCGUCCGCCUGGCUAACCUGCUGAUGCUCCUUUCUCACGUCAGGCACGCCAGCAACAAGGGCAUGGAACACCUGCUCAGCAUGAAGUGCAAAAACGUGGUCCCAGUCUACGACCUGCUGCUGGAGAUGCUGAAUGCCCACACGCUUCAUGGGUGCAAGUCCUUGGUCACGGAGUCUGAGUGCAGCCCAGCAGAGAAGAGUGAGAGCAAAGAGGGCUCUCAGAACCCGUCUCAGUGAAGACCAGCCCUGAGGCGAACAGGCUGCAGAGGUGGCGGCUGCAGCCUGAGCUCCGGUGCGAUCGUGAGCCCCAUGGCGAUGGGCGGGCUUCGUCUUUCUGUGUGAUCCCUCCGCAGUCACGGUGGGUUCAGUCUGUACCAUCCUUUCCCGACCUCCCUACUUCCCAGGAGUCGGGGCGAGACAGCCAGUUUUCCUUGUUACUAGGGGCGCGUUGGGAUGCAGUUUGUCUUGCUGGGCCUCAUAGGAUAUCAGUGUGGUCCCUUUUUUACUUUCCAUCUUUUUCCCACCCCUUUGGGAAAAACAUCUUGGAGGUUUUGGAAUGCACGGUGGGAAUCGGGCCUGGAAGGGUUGAGAGAACGUGGCACUUGUAGGAAGUAGACUCCUACUUCCUAGACUCCUACUUCCUACAAGUGCCUCAGUGUUACAGCCUCAGUGAGAUUCAAUACCACCUUUAUUGUGCGAUCUCACCUGCCUUUUAGGAUAGACCUUUGUAAGCUCUCUCUGG